AAUUAUUCCCAACUAACUGUACAGAUCUCUAUUCUCUCUUCCCUCCCUCCUUGCCUCCUCUUCCGAUUUACCACCGCUCGCCUACCCCGUCCUCGCCGAAAAGAAAAAAAGUCCGCAUUCGACACAUCUCGCCCUGUCAAGCGUGUAGACGCGCUAGAUAUAACAUCGCACCUCGCUGGCCAAGUGCCAGCGGCUGGCAUUCUUUUUGUACAUAACGUCUACAGAUUAAUAUAAUGACAGUUACCGGCUCCACCUCAGCAGAAGUAGCUGCUUCGUCUUACGUACCACCUUACAAGGCAACAACAUCGUACGCUCAAAGUCCUGAGGUAACAGGUUCUGUAACCAGCGCGCUACCAGCGGACCCCACUGUAUCAUCUGGGAUAUCAGGAGCGGACUAUGCGGCCUCGUAUCUGGAUGCUCAUAUGAUGAGCUGGCCAUCGUACCGGUACGCCUACCUGUUCUGGAUCAUAUUGGCAGGCCUUGCAGCCAUCUAUGCUCUUUCACAUCAUCUACGAUUAUCAGCAGGUUCCCUCGGCGCGGGGUAUUCCAAAUGGGGUAUGCGACGGAAAGCUUUAGGCACGAAAGACGGGCGGAGAGGAACAGUUUUGCCAAGCAAUAACACUAUGCUGUCAAUCGCCUUUCUCAUUAUCCUUUCUGUGGUUCUCUGCCUGGUCGGCUACGACUACAUAAACCCUUCUUCGACAAUACUCAACUUUGCGUCAUACCGAAAGCGAGCAUUUGUGCCCUACGGCAUUAGCAAGGCCUUUUGGACGUCGGGGAAUCGAUUUGGAUAUAUGGCGUUUGCGAUGACACCUCUCGUAGUUCUUUUCGCUCUCAAAGCGCCCCCAUUCGCCUUUUUAUCCCUUCGUCCAUUUACACAUCUGUACUCUGAUAAGCUCGCAUUGUUUCAUCGUGCCGCCGCUUGGUUGGUCUGGGCAUUUACCACUGUUCACACAAUCUUGUGGACGAUCCAACUGUUCAAAGACAAGCGUAAUGGUAGGGCUGUGUGGUUCACUAUCUGGAAUAGCUACCAUUUCAUCUUUGGUUGCAUUGCCUAUGGGUUGAUGACGGCGGUGAUGGUGCUUAGUUUAAAGCCUGUCCGAAAACAUGGUUUUGAAUUCUUCUACAUUGCCCACGUGGUACUCGUCUUUUUAACCAUCGUUUGUUCCAUUAUCCAUCAUCCAGUGCUCUGGUUCUGGAUGGCAGGAGCUCUCAUUCUCUGGGGAUGUGAGAGAAGUGUACGUCUCAUCCGAAUGACUAGGAUCAAUGGAAUCUUUGGCAAGAACAAGUACAGUGCUCUCGUUGCUGGAAGAUCAUAUGACCAAUACUCCCACCGUAAGCAAGACUUCAAGCAGGGCGACCCAUACUCGACGCCUCAGCGCGACUUUGGUAAUCCCUACACCGAUAAAACACCUCCUAAACCUUUAGCUAUGGGUCAUUUACCAAGCGGAGAUCUGAGCGACUUUGGUGGUACUAGAGGCCAGAAUGGUUACGACGAGGGUUCGUUUCAACCCCUCGGUUCAUACGAUGCUCGUCACAGUGACAGCGACCCAGCCGCUGUCUCUCCUCCCUAUCAUGAGAGGGUACAAUCGGUUGCUCAUAGUAUCCCGCCCGGUCUGCCUGCCUAUAUGCCCACAACCAUCCCUAUCGGUCAUGCCCAAGCGCAACUUCUUCCUUCCAGAACUAUCCGCUUAACGAUUCGAGUGGCCAGACCAUUCCGUUGGUCUCCCGGACAAAGCGUUUUGCUUUAUCUUCCCGAGCUAUCCUGGUUCCAGUCGCAUCCCUUUACGAUUCUCAAUAACGACCCCAACGAAAUCAUGUUACUUGUCAAGGCACGAAAAGGUCUCACGAGGCGUUUGUUUAAUUACGUCCGACAGCGUUCUCUGGCUGCUGUUGGUAUCAAUAGCGUCAAGGAUAAACGCAUCUCCCUUGCUUCCAUGCGUACCAGUAAUGGCGAAAAUAAUCUAUACGUACCACCGAUCUUUCUGAAAGCCUGGGUGGACGGUCCUAUGGGUUCGUCGGAACGGGUAAGGUGGAAGGAUCAUUCAACAGUUGUUGUAGUAUGUGGUGGAUCAGGUGUCAGUUUCGGAGCUGCAGUGUGUGAACAUGUCUGUAUGUCUAUCAAGAAUCAAGUGGGGAAAACCAGACGAAUAAGGUUUUGCUGGGUUGUCAGAGAGUAUGCUGAGAUCGCGUGGGUGGCGGGUCAGUUGAGGCGAUGUCAGGACAUGGUCUCGGCGGAUCAACUUCACAUUGAUAUCUUUGUGACCAAAGCCCAACGAGUCAAGGACGACCUUGCACCUCCCAAGCCUGUCUUUGCUCGAGGCGCUCACUCCCGAGCAAAUUCGUUCGAUUCAGCUGCAAGUGAGAUGAGCGCGGACUCUUCUACUGAUCGAGAUGAAGCGGUGGAUAGCACGCUCAUGGAGAGUUAUGCGGAUGUCAUUGACUUGACGAAUUACGAGGAUGAAGAGGAUGUGGAUGACCCUGUGGAGAACCGACUGUCUACCAAACUUGAACAACAGGGGAAACUGAGACGUGCGAGAUCUCGAAAGUUUGCCAAACGGAAAUCAGCAGCGAAACUUUCGCAAACACCAUCUUACCCGCCAUCGCGGUUCCAGUCAACAUACUCGUAUGAUAACCCCGAGGAAUCUUUUGCCCAUAGCAAUCAAGGGUAUGGACACUCGCCUGCUAGCAGUCUCUACGAUUCUUUCCACGAAUCGCGUGGACAUGCAGGUCAUUCAUCUAUCGCCAUGUCUCCUUCCGCUUCCCAAUCCAUGUUAAUCCAUUCUACUUCCCAUUCUGUUCCGCAAUCUAUGUUAUCCCCUUCCACUUCUAUCUCCAUGCUCCCCACUAGCCCUCCUUUCAACGCUUACCACGGCAACCAUCAAUCAGUCCGAUCUAUAUCUGACUCGACGUAUACCGCCAACGAUCCAUUUACGGGUGGCUCAAGCCAGGGACACGGAAGUCCGUCUGUCGGACAUUCAUCAUUGACGGACGAUACUCAGGUGGCUGUCCCUAAUGAUCCCUUUAGGGAUAUUCAAACUGCGCUUUCGAGGACAUCACGGACGCAGAGUAUGGUUCUUCUUGAGAAUUCGGGGGCGGACCCAAAAGAAGACGCGGGGUUGUGGAUUGAUGAAGCGGAUUACGCGGCAAUGUGUGUGAUGAGCGAGAUGGCCAGAGCGGGAAAGCCGAAAUUGUCAGCCGUGUUGGAGGAGGAGAUUGAGAUUGCGCAAGGUAGUUUAAUUGUAGCAACUUGCGGCCCAGUCACGCUAAACACUGUGGUCCGAAACCUUGUAUCGAAGACCAUUUCCCCAUCACGUAUCCGUCGUGGUGAUAGGCGUGGCCAUAUUGUAGUGUAUAGCGAAGAUUACGAAGGGUGAUGGAUAAUGAAGACAUAGAUGAUUAACGUUUCGAUUUUUUUUUGGCCUAAUUAGCAUGCAUAAAAGACAUGAA